GGACAAGAAAUAUAUAAUUAUUUUGGGACGGAGUCUACGGAUUUUUUAUUGGUACCAGAUUUAUUUUGAAAUGCGUUACCGGAAGUAACAGGAGCGUUCGCUCGAAAACGUCUCAGCGUUGUUUAUUUUGAGGAAGUCAAGUGACGAUGUCGCUGGGAAAGUAACCGUUUAGACUAAAUAAAACAAGCUCUUCAUCGACACUGACUGGAGGACAACUGCCGGUCAGCUUCCCUUACAGGUCAGAAUAUACCCGCUGAACUGUCGAUUCCUGAUGUUUAUGACACUCCCACUGAAUCUCAGGAUGUUGCUGCAAAUGCUCGUAGGCCUCCUGUGUGCCGUCGGGGCCUCGGGCACUGACAACGGCACGGCACAACCGGGCCCCCCGCCCCUGCUGCUGGUGUCGUUUGACGGCUUCCGCGCGGACUACCUGAAGCGGUUCCCGAUGCCCAACCUGGAACGCCUUUACAGCCAGGGGGUCCUGGUGGAGCAGCUCACCAACGUCUUCAUCACUAAGACGUUUCCCAACCACUACAGCCUGGUGACGGGGCUGUACGCGGAGUCCCACGGCAUCCUGGCCAGCAACAUGUACGACCCGGUCACCCACAAGAGCUUCCACGUGGGCGGCAACGUGUCCGACCCGGUGUGGUGGAGCGAGGCGCGGCCGCUCUGGCUCACGGCGCAGGACUCCGGCUACAAGACAGCAACCGCCAUGUGGCCCGGCUCCGACGUGGCCAUUGGCAACCGCACUGCGUCGCACUUCCUGCCCUACAACUCCCACGUGACCUUCCAACAGCGGCUGAAGAACGUGACCAAGUGGAUGCUGGGAGACGAAAAGGAGCCACCGGCGAUGUUCGCAGCGCUCUACUGGGAGGAACCGGACCGGUCGGGUCACAUAUUCGGCCCGGACAACGAUACUGCCAUGAGCCAAGUGCUGAAGGAGGUGGACGCCAACGUGGGCCUGCUGGUGGAGGAGCUGACCAGCACCGGCCUCUGGGGCCGCGUCAACGUGCUGGUGACCAGUGACCACGGCAUGGCCCAGUGCUCAGCCGAGCGCCUUAUACGGCUGGACGACUGCCUCCACCCCGACAACUACACGCUGGUGGAUCUCUCCCCCGUCACGGCCCUCAUCCCACGCCAAGACCCGGAAGGUGUCUUCGACUUGCUGAAUAAGUGCCACCCCCACAUGACGGUGUAUUUGAAGUCGGCCAUCCCCGACAGGCUCCACUACCGGAACAAUGGCCGCACUCAGCCCAUCAUUCUGAUCGCCGCCGAGGGCUGGACCAUUGUGCGGAAUGGGAACCAGCUGCCUCGCCUGGGCGACCACGGCUACGACAACUCCCUGCCCAGCAUGCACCCCUUCAUGGCGGCGGCGGGGCCCAGCUUCCGCCAGGGCUAUCGGGUGGGCAGCCUGCAGAGCGUGGACAUCUACCCGCUGAUGUGCCGCCUGCUGUCAGUGCCGGCGCAGCCCAACAACGGCACCCUGAACCGGGCGCGGUGCCUGCUAGUCGCCGAGACCUGCUGGGAGGUCCCCGUGAUGGUCGCCUUGGUGGUGGGCGUCCUGCUGGUGCUCACCGUGAUCACCGUUCUGUUCAAGUUUCUGAGGUACCGCCGCCCAUCAAGCUCGCGGCCCUUCCAGAGGCUGCAGGUCGACGACGACGAUGAUGACGAGCCCCUGCUGGAGUAAACCGAGCCGGGUUAACUCCAGCGUAACCCUUGUCGGCGGCUCCUGCUCUCCAGAGGUACUCCACAUGACGUACUUUACUGACAGUAAAGAGUCCCAUGCUGCUUUUUUCUUUUCUUUUUUUUCUUUUGGGUGGUGGUGGUGGUACUGCUGAGAUGAUCAUUGAGAAAAAGAGAACUUUUAAAAAGUUUUGUGAGAUUCUUUAUAUCCCUGAGGGAAUUAUUCAGAGAAAAACCUUAUUUUUUUUAUCUGCAGAACUGACCUUUUUUUGUUGUAGUGUUGCUUGUUGUCAGCAGAGGGAGCCAGUAGCUAAAUUAAGAUGUAUUUUGUGUCUCACUGAAGAAGAAAGCCUGAAAGAUCAUCUGCUGAAAUCCUUUGAUUGUGAUCCGUGUAUGCUGUUAACUGUUUUGGAUUAUUUGUUAUACUAUUUGAGACUCAAGUCCUAAAAAAACUCAUGUAUUCCCCUUUUAUCCUUUCUUAAGAACUGAAAAUUCACAUUUCACUUGAUACAUUUUUACUUUUGAAAGGGGGGGGAAACGUGAAGUGGAAUGAUCUUUUCUAUGCAAAUAUUUAAGUUACAAUGGACUACAAGUAAUGGAAAAUAUUUAGGAGCACAUCCCACUUCUGAGUCUUUCUUAUGCUUAAUAAUGCCUCUUUUUUCCACAUUUGUUUUUGCCUCGACUCACAAACUGUCCCGCUGCUCCAAAAUACUCACUAGAGCACGAGAUGUGUAUACAUCCACGGCUGAAAGUAGACCCUAACAACACAUGCACUAUUUAUUAUUUUUUAUUUAGCUUAUUCAGGAGAUAGUGAGUUUAUUAUUUGGAGUGCCCUCCAAAAGAACAGUGGUGGUCUUUUCGUGAGGUUUAUAUGAAAAUAAUUUUCUAAAUAUCUUCAGCCUGAUCUUCUGAUGCAGUGCUGCUGGCAUGCGUCCAGCCACAUCGUUAUAUUUAUACGGCAUCCAUGCAUCUGUUCAUGUGUGUAAGUAUGUCUUUUUUUGAUGAUGUGAAGAGGAACCACUCCGGGGUCAAUAGUUUUUCAUAUUUAUAGGUGUCUGUUGUCUUUUAUUGCUCCAUGUUGUCUGCAUCUAUGCUGUGUUUUAUCCAUAAAGAUCUAGAUCUCUAGUUCUCAGUACUGGUAAACCAUUGGCAUGUUCCCUGGCCAGCAGAGAUUGCUGAAAAUGAAUAAAGUUUGUUGAAGACCGUGAACUUUUUAUUUUUUGCGUUGUGAUAAAGAAAUCUUAUCACGUGUCUGUCAAUGGAAAGUAAAGGCGACACACAUUUGGAAAAAUUAAUUUAUAUUCCUUUAUGUUUUUUUUCCUCCAUCGCAGUUACAACAUUACAAUGUAAUAAAAUGAUAAAUAUAUAAAAUCAA